AUGGAAUUCCGCUUUGCGUCCCCGGAAACUACCAACUUCCAUCGAUUCACUCCAGAGUCCCUGGUGGAGAUUGAAAAAAGAAUUGCUGCCGAGCAGGCAGCAAAGAAAGCCAAAGGUAAGCACAGUGAGCAGAAGGACCAAGAGGAGAAGCCUCGGCCCCAGCUAGACUUGAAAGCCUUCAAUCAGCUGCCCAAGUUCUAUGGUGAGCUCCCUGCAGAACUGGUCGGGGAGCCCUUGGAGGAUCUGGACCCCUUCUACAGCACACACCGGACAUUUAUGGUGCUGAACAAAGGGAGGACCAUUUCCCGGUUUAGUGCCACUCGGGCUCUGUGGUUAUUCAGUCCUUUCAACCUGAUCAGAAGAACAGCCAUCAAAGUGUCUGUCCACUCGUGGUUCAGUUCAUUUAUCACAGUCACUAUUUUGGUCAAUUGUGUGUUCAUGACCCAAACUGAACUUCCAGAGAGAAUGGAGUAUGUCUUCACUGUCAUUUAUACCUUCGAGGCCUUGAUAAAGAUACUGGCAAGAGGCUUUUGUCUAAAUGAGUUUACUUACCUGCGAGAUCCUUGGAACUGGCUGGAUUUUAGUGUCAUUACUCUGGCAUAUGUUGGUGAAGCAAUAGAUCUUCGAGGGAUCUCGGGCCUGCGGACAUUCAGAGUUCUUAGAGCCUUAAAAACAGUUUCUGUGAUCCCAGGGCUGAAGGUCAUCGUGGGGGCCCUGAUCCACUCAGUGAGGAAGCUGGCUGAUGUGACCAUCCUCACCGUCUUCUGCUUGAGCGUCUUCGCCCUUGUGGGCCUGCAACUCUUCAAGGGCAAUCUCAAGAACAAAUGUGUCAAGAAUUGUACAGCUUUCAACGAGACAGCCAGUAACUUUUCUUAUGAAAAACGCGAGUGGAAUUUCUGCCAUGGCGACGAAGACUUCUACAUCAAUAAACCAGGCACUUCUGAUCCCUUACUGUGUGGCAAUGGAUCUGAUGCAGGCCACUGCCCUAAAGGUUAUUUCUGCCUGAAAACAUCUGACAACCCAGAUUUUAACUACACCAGCUUUGAUUCCUUUGCUUGGGCUUUCCUCUCACUGUUCCGCCUCAUGACACAGGAUUCUUGGGAACGCCUCUACCAACAGACCCUGAGGGCUUCUGGGAAAAUCUACAUGGUCUUUUUCGUGCUUGUCAUCUUCCUGGGAUCUUUCUACCUAGUCAACCUGAUCUUGGCUGUGGUCACCAUGGCAUAUGAAGAGCAAAACCAGGCAACCAUUGAUGAAAUUGAAGCCAAGGAAAAGAAGUUCCAGGAGGCCCUCGAGAUGCUCCGGAAAGAGGAGGAGGUGCUGGCAGCACUGGGGAUCGACACAGCCUCUCUCCACUCCUACAACGGAUCCCCUUUAACCUCCAAAAAUGCCAGUGAGAGAAGGCACAGGAUGAAGCCAAGAGUGUCUGACGGCUCUGCAGAUGACAACAAAUCACCCCAAUCAGAGACUUACAACCAGCACAGGAUGUCUUUCCUAGGCCUCAACUCUGGGCGACGGCGUGCUAGCCAUGGUAGUGUGUUCCAUUUCCGGUCCCCUGCCCGAGACGGUUCAUUCCCUGAUGGAGCUGCAGAUGAUGGAGUCUUUCUUGGAGACCAUGACAGCCAUCGGGGCUCCCUGCUUCUGGGCGGGGGUGCUGGCCAGCAAGGCACCCACCCUAAGAGCCCUCUGCCUCAACCCACCAACCCUGGUUCAGGGCAUGGAGAAGAUGGACACCCCACAUUGCCCACUGCUGAGCUUGGCCCUGGAGUCACAGACCUCUCGGCAUGUGAUACAGGACAGAAGAAGACUUUAUUAUCAGCAGAAUACCUGAAUGAACCUUUCCGAGCCCAAAGGGCAAUGAGUGUUGUCAGUAUCAUGACCUCUGUCCUCGAAGAACUCGAGGAGUCCGGACAGAGGUGUCCCCCCUGCUUGACCAGCUUGGCUCAAAAGUAUCUGAUCUGGGAGUGCUGCCCCACAUGGGUGAAGCUGAAGACACUUCUCUUCAGAAUUGUGACAGAUCCCUUUGCAGAGCUCACCAUCACCUUGUGCAUCGUGGUGAACACAAUCUUCAUGGCCAUGGAGCACCAUGGCAUGAGCCCCACCUUCGAAGCCAUGUUCCAGAUAGGCAACAUUGUCUUUACUGUUUUUUUUACGGCUGAAAUGGUCUUCAAAAUCAUUGCCUUUGACCCCUACUAUUACUUCCAGAAGAGGUGGAACAUUUUUGACUGCAUCAUCGUCACUGUGAGCCUGAUAGAGCUGGGUGCAGCCAAGAAGGGUGGCAUGGCGGUGCUGCGGUCCUUCCGCCUGCUGCGGGUCCUCAAGCUGGCCAAGUCCUGGCCAACCUUAAACACGCUCAUCAAGAUCAUCGGAAAUUCAGUGGGGGCUCUGGGGAACCUCACCAUCAUCUUGGCCAUCAUUGUCUUUAUCUUUGCUCUGGUCGGCAAGCAGCUCCUCGGGGAGAACUACCGCGACAAUCGGCACAAUAUCUCUGCACCGGGAGAAGAAUGGCCUCGCUGGCACAUGCAUGACUUCUUCCACUCCUUCCUCAUCGUCUUCCGGAUCCUCUGCGGGGAGUGGAUUGAGAACAUGUGGACUUGCAUGGAAGUCGGCCAGAAAUCCGUAUGCCUCAUCCUGUUCUUGACAGUGAUGGUGCUGGGGAACUUGGUGGUGCUCAACCUGUUCAUCGCCCUGCUGCUGAACUCUUUCAGUGCCGAUAACCUCACCGCCCCAGAGGACGAUGGGGAGAUGAACAACCUACAGGUGGCUCUGGCACGGAUCCACGCAUUUGCCCGUCGCACCAUGAAGUCCCUUCGCAGCUUCUUCCGCAGGCCCUGCCUGCUCCCCCGAACCAAGGCAGAGCCCCAGCUGGUGGUGAAGAUCCCACUCUCCAGCUCCAAAGCCGAGAACCACAUUGCUGCCGACUCAGCCGUGGGGAGCCCCGGAGGGCUCCCCACUCUCAGAGGCCCCGUGGUUGACCACAGUGACUUCAUCACCAAUCCUAAUGUGUGGGUCUCUGUGCCCAUUGCCGAGGGCGAAUCUGACCUUGAUGAUUUGGAGGAGGAGGAGGAGGAAGAGGAUGCUUGGAGCUCCAAGCAGGAAGUGAUCCCCCACAGGCAGGAGCAGCUGCAGCAAGUAAAAAAAUGUGAGGACCACCCGGCACCCAGGAGCCCAGGCUCUACAAUGUCCUCUGAGGACCUGGCUCCAUACCUGGGUGAGAAGUGGAAAGAUGAGGCUGCUGCUCAGGCCCCCGCAGAGGCAGUGCGUGACACGAGCUCCUCAGAAGGCAGCACAGUGGACUUCUUGGAUCCUGAGGAGAUCCUGAAGAAGAUCCCUGAGCUGGCAGAUGACCUUGAAGAACCAGAUGACUGCUUCACAGAAGGCUGCAUGAGCCGCUGUCCCUUUUGCAAAGUGAAUACAACCAAGUUUCCGUGGGCCGUGGGCUGGCAGGUGCGCAAGACCUGCUACCGCAUCGUGGAGCACAGCUGGUUCGAGAGCUUCAUCAUCUUCAUGAUCCUGCUCAGCAGCGGAUCUCUGGCCUUUGAAGACUAUUACCUUGACCAGAAGCCCACGGUGAAGGCCUUGCUGGACUACACUGACAGGGUGUUCACAUUUAUCUUUGUUUUUGAGAUGCUACUCAAGUGGGUGGCCUAUGGCUUCAAAAAUUACUUCACCAAUGCCUGGUGCUGGCUGGACUUCCUCAUUGUGAAUAUCUCACUGACGAGCCUCGUAGCGAAGAUCCUGCAGUACUCUGAUAUGUCAUCCAUCAAAGCCCUUCGGACCCUUCGUGCCUUGCGGCCACUGCGGGCUCUAUCUCGAUUUGAAGGCAUGCGGGUGGUGGUGGAUGCCCUAGUGGGUGCCAUCCCGUCCAUCAUGAACGUCCUCCUCGUCUGCCUCAUCUUCUGGCUCAUCUUCAGCAUCAUGGGCAUGAACUUCUUUUCAGGGAAGUUUGGGAAGUGCAUCAACACCACCAAUAGAGACUUUUCUCUUGUGCCUUUGGCUAUUGUGAAUAAUGAGUCUGACUGUAGACUUCAAAACAACACUGGCAACCUCUUUUGGGUCAACAUGAAGGUCAACUUUGAUAACGUCGCAAUGGGCUACCUCGCACUUCUGCAGGUGGCAACAUUUAAAGGCUGGAUGGACAUCAUGUAUGCGGCUGUCGAUUCCCGAGGGGUGAACUUGCAGCCCAAGUGGGAGAGCAAUGUGUACAUGUACUUGUACUUCGUCAUCUUCAUCAUUUUUGGAGGCUUCUUCACCCUCAAUCUCUUUGUUGGGGUCAUAAUUGACAACUUUAAUCAACAGAAAAAAAAGUUAGGGGGCCAGGACAUCUUCAUGACAGAGGAGCAGAAGAAGUACUACAAUGCCAUGAAGAAACUGGGCUCCAAGAAGCCCCAGAAGCCCAUUCCCCGGCCCCUGAACAAGUACCAGGGCUUCAUCUUUGACAUUGUGACCAAACAGACUUUUGACAUCAUUAUCAUGGUCCUCAUCUGUCUCAACAUGAUCACCAUGAUGGUAGAGACUGAUGAUCAGAGCGAAGAAAAGACAAAAAUCCUUAACAAAAUCAACCAGUUCUUCGUGGCCGUCUUCACAGGAGAGUGUGUCAUGAAGAUGUUCGCCUUGAGGCAGUACUUCUUUACCAACGGGUGGAAUGUGUUUGACCUCAUCGUCGUGGUCCUCUCCAUUGGGACGUCGGCUGGCUGGGAUGGUCUUCUCAGCCCCAUCCUCAACACGGGGCCCCCCUACUGCGACCCCAAUAUGCCCAAUAACAAUGGCACCAGAGGGAACUGCGGGAGCCCCGCUGUGGGCAUCAUCUUCUUCACCACCUACAUCAUCAUCUCCUUCCUCAUUGUGGUCAACAUGUACAUCGCAGUGAUUCUGGAGAACUUCAAUGUGGCCACAGAGGAGAGCACUGAGCCUCUGAAUGAGGAUGACUUUGACAUGUUCUAUGAGACUUGGGAGAAGUUUGACCCUGAGGCCACCCAGUUUAUUACCUUUUCUGCCCUCUCAGACUUUGCAGAUACCCUCUCUGGCCCUCUGCGAAUCCCAAAACCCAAUCGGAAUAUAUUAAUCCAGAUGGACCUGCCUUUGGUCCCUGGCGAUAAGAUCCAUUGUUUGGACAUUCUUUUUGCCUUCACCAAGAAUGUUCUGGGAGAAUCUGGGGAGCUGGAUUCUCUGAAGGCAAAUAUGGAGGAGAAGUUUAUGGCAACUAAUCUUUCAAAAGCAUCCUAUGAACCAAUAGCCACUACCCUCCGGUGGAAGCAAGAAGACAUUUCAGCCACUAUCAUUCAAAAGGCCUAUCGGAGCUAUGUGCUACACCGCUCUAAGACAAUCUCCAAUCCUCCAGGUGUGCUCAGGGAUGAGGAGGAGGCUGUGUCACUCCCAGAUGAAGGUUUUGUUGCAUUCAUGGGAAAUGAAAAUUGUGUGCUCCCAGACAAAUCUGAAACUGCAUCUGCUACAUCUUUCCCGCCAUCCUAUGACAGUGUUACUAGAGGCCUUAGUGAUCAAGUCAACAUGAGCACAUCUAGCUCAACACGAAAUGUAGGUGAAGCUACCAGUAAGGAAGCCACUGCCCCUGGGCCACAGUGA